AACAACAGCAGCAGCAGUUUGUCCAAUCACAAAUGAAACCUAUGCACGUGUGGAGAUGUGAGAAGAUUUGAAUGGUACACCUAUUAGCAACAUGGUGAAACUUGAGACUACACAUUGCUCGAUUACCAUUGCUUACGCACGCCUGUUAAAUCCUCUAUACAAGUGUGUUAAGGGUCCAAUCGGGAUUGGACAGUUAUCUUCGCCCCCACAAUUAAGCAAGCACUUUCCUUCUAUCCUACUUCGACAUGGAACGUAAAAUCGGGCGAGCUUUCUGUGAAGGGACAGCCAUUGGGGGAGAGGCACGCUUGCGAAAUAAUAACGUACGCCGCGUGAUAGGUGAACAGGCUGUUGUCGCUAGGUUUCCUAAACGACUCCUCAAAAUGCUGGAAAAUUUUUCAGCUAUCGUGCUCAGAUGCCUAGACACUGCUCUGCAGGUGGAUGCAAGUCCCGUGACACCAGGGAAAAUCGUAAGGCUGGCAUUACCUUUCACAGGUUGCCAAAGCGUGGAACAGCACGGCGGGGCCUGUGGAUCAUCAACUCUCACCGGCAGGGUCCUCAAGGCCAGGGGCCAUGGGAUCCCCAGAGCAACUUCAUCUAUUUCUGCUCCAAGCACUUCACCCCAGAGAGUUUUGAACUCUCCGGAGUCAGUGGGUACAGAAGACUAAAGGACGAUGCGCUGCCCACAGUCUUCGUCCCCCAGCCAGCAGGCAAAGGAUCGGGGAAGCCUUCAAGAAGCAAAGGCAAGCAGAGUACCAUAAGCCUGCCGACUAGGAGAUGUCGCUCUCUGAAAAUGGACGGCUGGAACAGUACCCAACAAAAAACGGAAGCAAAAAAUAUUGUUACUGCAGAGAAAGUUCUGAGCUUCGAGGCACCCAACGGGGAACCGAAUAACCAGACCGAGCAGAGCGAUGCCCAGUCCCUCCCUCCCUCUCAGGGAACCUCUGAGCAGAUCGUUGAGAAACCACAGAGUUCACCUCGACCUCCCUCAGGUUCGUCACCUGAAGAUGCCCCUGGCUCUCCAUCCUCUCCCCGUCCUCAUUCCCCAUCACGAUACAUGCUGCGCCUCCCUCCACCGCCCGGCUUUUACCUGGCCAAGGAACACAGCUAUGCUCAGCACUGCCCCCUGGUGUGGCGGAAGCGUUACGACCGGGCCAUCGACAGCCUGGAGAAGUCCCUGCGGCUCCUCAGCGCAGCCAGGCGGAGGGAGAACCGUCUGCGAAAUGCGCUCCUGCGCCUCAGGGAGAAUCGUCUGAAACACACCCUUCUUCGCUCCCGGGAUGGAGCUAAGGCCAGGAGGGGUCGAAGUGGAGAUAGGACAGAAGGAGGUGCCAGCCUGUGCAGGCCGGAAGAGGCUGAGAUCGAUGCGGCGUCCGAGGAUUUGGGGCUGUUUGAAGACCGACCUGGGGAAUCGAUGAGUUGGGAAGGGCGGGUCCGGACUACAGAAACUAAAGCCGGGUUGGAAGAGGAUGUGGGGUGCUGCUUCUACUGCGGAAGGGGGCGAGAGGAACCUGGGGUUAAAGUGUCCAGGGCAAGCUCUCAGGUACAGAAAGAUGCAGGGGGAACUGCUGAUGAUUACUCUUGGAGCUCUCACCUGGAUGAGAGGGGCCGAAGCAGUCACAGAGGAGGACGAAUAGCGAAGAAGGGUCGAGGUCAAAAGGGCGGAGGGACCAGGUCAGAGGCAGGGCCUCCACUGGAUGGCUACGAAAGCUACUACUAUUAUUGUGGUGCGCCGGAGAGUGGUGGAGAUGUGCAGGUAGUCAUGGUGGAGCAGCCGCCUGAGAAACCUGUGGAGGCUGGCUCGGGACUCCACUACAACCCCCUGCUGUCCAUUCCCCUGUUACAAACCCAGUCCCAGGCGGGCCUGCUGCCCUCAAGCGGAGCAGCACUGCAGGAGAUCCACAACGGUGUCCAGUUCCUGCGUCAGGGCGCGACCUCCCAGCCGGGGCUUCUCCUCGCAGACCUGAACCCCGUAGAGACGGAGCCAGCUGACGGCCAGCAGGAGCAGCAGCAGCAGGUUUUCUGGAUUCAAGAGGGAGCUGAAGGCCCACUGCUCUUAGUACCCGUACCGCACAAAGACCAUCUAAAGGGUGGUGUUGGGAUGGAAGGAGUGGCAGGAGAGGGUGGAGCACAUACUAUACUGGUGUCAGGGGAGGGAUUUUCCAGUGACUUUGCGGAUGAGAAGGAGGAGCUGUGUUUAGAGGCUGGGGGGCUGAGGGUUUCGUUGCCCUCGGAUGGGCAGGGAUGCCUCCACUCAGACAGCCAGACUACUUUGGGGAGCGGUGAGGUGAGGGAGAGGUUGAAGGAACACUUGGAGGGCUUUCAGCUCCAACUUAGCAGUGAGUUUGACUGAAGGCUGUAUCACAGGGCUGAGGCCUUUUUGUAGAGAACAGUAUGCUGACGUGUUUUAUGCUAAAAUUGUGGUAUGUUAGAGUUUAGUUAGAUGAUGAAAUAUUUAUUCCAGUGCUCACUUGGAUGAAGCUUGUGUAGAUCAGUGUUGGUCAGGAGUGGAUUUGCCCGGGUACCCAAAUUGAGUUGUGGGAUUUCUGUCGUAAUGCAAUAUUUGCAUCUUAACUUUUUGUUGGGGAUGAAACUAUUUUUACAUGCCAUUUUGACAUUAAAAUGUUGCGAUAAUAUUAGGCAGCAGAAUUCUCACCUUUUUCAUGUCUUUAAAUCCAUUUUGUGUAUUUAUAUACUACCAGACUAAAGUUUGGUCACCUACUCAUUCAAGGAUACUUCUUUCUGAGCCAAUCAGUGUGUUGUACAAGGUACGGUUGGUAUAUAGAAGACCAUUAUCAUGUCUGUACUAUAAUAGUCCAGAUUAUGUCAAGAACACCUCAAAUAAGCAAACAUAAACAACAGUCCAUCAUUAUUUAAAAACAUAUAGGUCAGUCCAACUGGAAAAUGUCAAGAGUUCAGUCACAAAAACCGUCAAGCACUGUGAUGAAACUCUGUCAUGAGGAACGCCAUGGGAGAGGAAGACCCAGAGUUACCUCAGCUGCAUAGGAUCAAUUAGUUACUGGCCUCAGUUUGCAACCCAAAUAAAUGCGUCACAGAGUUCUAGUUACAGACACAUCUCAACAUCAACUGUUCAGAGGAGACUGCGUGAAUCAGGCCUUCAUUGCCAGUUUGCUACACAGACACCACUACUGAAGGCCACCAAUAAGGAGAAACUUGGUUUGGCUAAGACUCAGGGAAUAUGGACAUUAGAACGGUUUGCCAACAAUGUGCAAAUCUGUCAUCAGGGCAGAGGGUGGCUACUUUGAAGAAUCUGAAACAUACAUUUAUUUUUGGGUUAUUACAUCAUUCCAUAUGUGUUUUGAUGUCUUCGCUGUUAUUCUACAAUGUGGAAAACAAUAACAAAAUACUUGUGAAUGAGUAGGUGUGUCCAAACUUUUGUCUUGUGCUGUAUAAAUAUAUCUCAUUGUAAACCAGUUGCAACUCAACUAAAAACCACUUGUGUAGAGUUUACAAAGUGGAUUUCCAAUUCAAAAUAAUUCUAAUGGACACAUCACAGAAUUAAUUAAAUGCAUAAAAAUGUGUAUUUCAGCAUGGAUUGUAAAAUAUGCUCAAUAUUAUUAAUAAAA